AUGAAACUACUCAUCGUCCUCACAAGCUUUAUCCUUGCUGUGGCUGCCCAAGCACUGAACGAGAAAUCGUAUAUCCCACCUCCACGCUGCAAAGACGACUUGGCCUACAACUUCUGUCUCCCUGACUGCCUCGAGGAUGGGACGAAGAUUGAGGAAUGCUUUACGAGCUGCGAGACUCGGAACUGUUAG